AUGGCGCCGCCGUCCAGGGACGUGGGCUACUGGGUCAACUUCUUCCGGGGAGGCGGCGAGACCAUCCUCGACGCCAUCGAGGGGGCCAUCGACGUCGCCGCGUCCGAGCAGCCCGCAGCCCUCCGCGCCCGGCGCGACGCCAUAGCCGAGCGCCUCUACACGGCGCUCCUCCUCGCGUCCUCCGGCGCGCCCACGGCGGCGGCCGCCGCGGCGGCAGCGGCGCGUCCUCAGGCAGGGGCGCCCGCCGCUGUGCCGCAGGCGCAGGCGCAGCAGCAGGAGCAGCUCCUCCCCGAGGGCGCCGCCAGCGUCCCCAGCCUCUGCAGCUCCGACCGCGCCGAGGCCAUUACCGACGACGGAGCGCCCCGCCACGACGACGACUCCGUCGCCGCCGAGGCCGAGAAAAUCAAGGCCGUCCUCGUCAACUACCAGGAAAAGUCGGAGGCGGCGUUGCUCGAUCUGCUCCGGCGGCUGCAGCAGCUGGAGUUCACGGUGCACACCUUGAAGGUCACUGCGAUUGGGAAGACCGUGGGCACCCUCCGGAAGCACAACUCCAAGCAGAUUCGGCACCUCGUACGGUUGCUCAUCGGGGGUUGGAAGAGUAUAGUUGACGAAUGGAUGAGCAAUGGAGGCAGCGGAGAUGCCAUUGUUGAUCACACCCCUCAGUCCAUGCAUCCGUCUAGUCUGGAGCAGGAAGACCGAGGAAUGUCAUCUCCUUCCGUGGACGAGGGGGCACUCUUCGCCACACCGAGUACUUCCAUCCGACUCUCGGAGGAUAACCAGGGCUCUAGGAUGUUUGAUGGAAUGGAUGAUGCUGGAAAUACAAGGAACAGUGUACAGCGGCAUCCGGGGAGCCAAGAACCAAUUAGAAGGCCGCCGCAGCCAGUGGCCCAGCAGUAUGACCCUGACCAGAGCUGGAGGCAAGAACAAUCUGCAGCAAGGCAAUCACGGCCGCAAGAACUGGCCAAUGGGCAAACGAGAGAGCAAUUCAUUGCGGCCAUGCUGGCGAAGCCCCCAAAUGCUGAGUCGGGUCGUGGGAGACCUCAAGUGAGGCCUAAGCAGCAGCAAGGUGCCUCGCCCGCUCAAGGGAGACCGCAACCGGUGCCAUCUGAUAAACCGGCGGGCAACCCUGAUGCGAACUCGCUUCGAGCAAAGCUAGAUCUCGCCAAGAAUGCAAAGUUGGAACUGGCAACUAACUCCAAGCUAGAGAUGACAAAGCGAAAGCUUCAGGAAGGGUACCAAGAAUUCGAUAAUGCAAAGAAGCAGAGGACUGUACAGAUGGUGGAUCCGCAAGAUAUAAAGAAGCAAGGGAACCGGGCCUGGCAGCCGAACGCCAAGCCGAGGAACAACAACAGCAGCAGCAACACCAACAACAACCGGAAUUGGUCGUCGAAAUGA